CUAUUUAAGACGGACCACUAUCUCAUCAUCAUGUGGUCAUUCCGCUUUCCAUCAUCAGCUUCCAAGCAGUCUGACCACUCUUAAUAACUUGGGUUCCACAUCCUUCAACAUGAGAUUCACUGUCGCUGGUAUUGCCUUUUUGGCAUCCGCCGUUAUUGCCGCUCCAUCAGACAAUGGCUUGGAGUUCAGAACUGUCGAUGAGGUGAAGGAUCAGCUAUUGCCCAUUUCCGAGAUGACCUUCACUGGCCCUGUCGUCGUCGGCGGCCCGAACGUCACCCUCCACGGAGAUGCUUCCUCCAUCUAUGAACAAAUCCUCGCCAUCAACCCUACCUUCAAUGCGGAAGAAUUCCAGGAGCCCGAGGGAGGCUUGGAGGCUAGACAGACCACCAACAACUGGAACUGCAACCAAGGAACGUACGUCGAGGCGUACUACUCCCAGUGCGCCAACGCCAUCAACCGCCUGAUCACUCUGGGCACCAACUACUGCAGUGUACCUGCCAGCACUUGUGCUCGCGUAGCCUGCUCCAACAGCUGCUCCAUUUACCUCUGCAACAACCGGUUUAUCGAAACGAGCGUAUACUGCAGUGAUAUCGCUGUCGAUAUGGGUAUUAUUGUGAGCAAGUGUGGCACUGUUGCCAACGGCGACACCCGGGCAAGAGGCACCCUGAGCUUCCAGAGUCACUACACUUAUCUUACCCAGCAGACUUGCUAAGAGGAUUUUCUCCAAGGCCGGGUAAUUUAACUAAGCUAUCAUAUCUAUAUUUCUGUGUCUUAUACCCAUGAUGAGUGAGCACUCUGCAGCACGCCUUGUGAGAAAUUCGGUCGAAUGUUUCUCAAAAUCCAACAGAUUUGUUGAGAGCCUGGCUCCUUAAGUCCUGCCGCGGCGAACCUUGCAUAGAUUGACCAAUAGGGGACAUUACAGAAUACAUUCAUGAAGCUCCGUACGUUGUUCGGAAGCAUAUACCAUGGCAUCAGCCCUGAUCUGAUCUCAAGAAAGUGGGGGUAAGAUCAAGCCGAG